GACUUCUUAACGCAUUUCAGCCACUUUGAAAGCAUGUCACUGCCUAAAAAGCUGGCAGAUAAACGAUGUACGCGUCUUUGAGAAAACAUACACUUCCGCAGCAUUUUAUUGUCCCCGUGUGGAUUUAUAUCAGGAACCAGUAAAUUUGUCUCCCCUUUCUCUUUCCUCCUUCUUUUCCGCCCGUGAAAUGUUGUGUGCCCUCAUCUCAGGGACCAGCGUAGAGCCGAGACACAAACCGUCCACACCUGAGAGGCUCACCCAUUUCUUUUCCCCUUUGGAGAAUCUGCCCUAGAACGAUUCCAAGAAUUCACAGGUCGGGAAGAGAGUUAAGAUGGGACUAUGUGUGAACGGUGCCGUGCCCGGGGAGGCAACAAAGAAAGACGAGAACUUGAAACGAGGCAACUGGGGAAACCAGAUUGAGUUUGUGCUGACCAGUGUCGGCUAUGCCGUGGGAUUGGGGAAUGUUUGGAGGUUCCCGUAUCUCUGCUACAGGAAUGGGGGAGGGGCAUUCAUGUUUCCAUAUUUUAUCAUGCUGGUAUUCUGCGGCAUCCCCCUCUUCUUCAUGGAGCUGUCCUUUGGGCAGUUUGCAAGUCAAGGGUGUCUUGGUGUGUGGAAGGUUAGCCCGGUGUUUAAAGGUAUAGGCUACGGCAUGAUGGUAGUCUCCACGUAUAUUGGUAUUUAUUACAACGUGGUGAUUUGCAUUGCGUUUUACUACUUCUUUCUGUCCAUGAACCGGAUUCUGCCAUGGACCUACUGCAACAACCCAUGGAACACAAAUAACUGUGCCGGUGUCCUCAGCCCUUCCUCCAACGUGUCCGUCAACCUCACAACACACCAGGACCUCUUCAACUUCACAUCUGGGAUUAACCAAACCUUUAAGAGAACCAGCCCCAGUGAGGAGUACUGGAGGCGGCAUGUGCUCCAGGUCUCCGGGGACAUUGGAGAUUUCGGCGAGGUGCGGCUGCCUCUUCUGGGGUGCCUUGGCUUGUCAUGGGUCGUGGUCUUCCUUUGCCUCAUAAGAGGCGUGAAAUCCUCUGGAAAGGUUGUUUAUUUCACUGCUACUUUCCCGUACGUGGUCCUCACCAUCCUCUUCAUCCGUGGCAUCACUCUGGAAGGAGCCGUUAACGGAAUUAUGUAUUACCUCACUCCUCAGUGGGAUAAGAUCCUGGAAGCCAAGGUUUGGGGUGAUGCCGCUUCACAGAUCUUCUACUCUUUGGGUUGCGCCUGGGGGGGUCUCAUCACUAUGGCUUCCUACAACAAAUUCCACAAUAACUGCUACAGAGACAGUAUAAUUAUCAGUAUCACCAACUGUGCUACCAGCGUCUAUGCCGGCUUCGUUAUCUUCUCCAUCUUGGGCUUCAUGGCUCACCACCUGGGAGUAAAUGUUUCUGACGUGGCGGACCACGGCCCUGGCUUGGCAUUCGUGGCAUAUCCCGAGGCACUGACUCUGCUGCCCAUAUCACCGCUUUGGUCGAUCCUCUUUUUCUUCAUGCUCAUUCUGCUUGGACUCGGGACUCAGUUCUGUUUACUGGAGACCUUGGUCACGGCAAUUGUGGAUGAGAUUGGAAACGAAUGGAUCAUACGCUGGAAAACCUGUGUGACCCUUGGCGUGGCUGUCGUUGGUUUCCUCCUUGGAAUCCCCCUCACUACCCAGGCUGGGAUUUACUGGUUGUUGCUGAUGGAUAACUACGCUGCUAGUUUCUCCCUGGUCAUCAUAUCCUGUAUUAUGUGCGUGGCUAUCAUGUACAUUUACGGCCACAGGAACUACUUCAAAGACAUUGAGAUGAUGCUGGGAUUCCAGCCUCCUCUAUUCUUCCAGAUCUGCUGGCGGUUCAUCUCCCCAGGCAUUAUAUUUUUCAUUCUGAUCUUCACUGUAAUUCAGUACCGUCCAAUUUCAUACAACGACUAUGUCUACCCCAGCUGGGCCAUCACCAUCGGCUUCCUCAUGGCCCUGUCUUCUGUAAUAUGCAUCCCCGGCUAUGCAGCUUUCAAAAUCUGGCGCUCUGAAGGGGACACGUUUUUCCAGAGGUUGAAGAACGCCGUUAAGCCCAGCAAAGACUGGGGCCCUGCCUUGCAGGAACACCGAAUAGGCCGCUAUGCUUCCAUCUCCGGCGCCAUGAGCGAGGACAGUCCAGAGGCGCAUCCUCUCAAUCCGGAGAAGUCUAAGAAAGAGGACGUCAGUCUAACAGUACAGGGCAGCAACGGGAAGGCGCACAGCCAAGACUCUAAAGUGUAGCAAGCUCCAGCAGGGACCUGGUGAAAGGCAAGGUCACUGGUGGCAGUAUGGAUGAGAAUAUGUACCCCCGACCCACUUUAACCUUCUUGUGAUCAUCCAGACCAGAUGUACCUUCCUUUUGAUCCAUUUCUGACCCAUCACCCCAGAGCAUUCGACAGAAUACUACAGAAACUCUAACCGACUCCAGUUUAAAUGGAGAGAAAAACUCAAACCUCCAGCUGCUGAGUGAAGAUCCUCGCUGUCGGGUCGUCUUCAUUCCUUCUCCCCAAGAACCCAACUACAAGGACAGCGGUUUUAUUGUGUGGGAUGAUGUUUUAGUAUCUCCUUAGUGCAACAAAAAAAGAGCGAAAAAAUGGUAGGGGAGAGAGGAGACACGAGUUCAUCUCAAAUAAGUAGUUCAUAUACUUUUUUUUCCCUAAGUUUAGUUUACAUGUGUUGUUUUUUUCUAGAAAACCUUAGUUUAUAUUGGUAUUGAACCAGCCUAGAUGGGUGGUGAGGAGCAUCCAUACCAGCAUCUGUCUUCCUUAGACAUUUCUGAGCCAAGUGCUGAGGCAAGAUAGGGUGCCCUCAGCACCUGAAGCAUUAGGACAUUUUUUUUACUGUGCCAAGGACAAAGAAAAUAUAAAAACAGGAUCUUAUUUACUUAAGGAA